UAAGACCAGUAGAAACAAAUCUAAAACAUUCAACUAAUCGUUUAGUUACGUUUGUCGGCACCUCUGAGGUACAUACUUAAUUGUUUGUAUCGAGGUUGAUCGAAAAUACGUUUGAUUACGAACUGAGAUUAUCAGAAUGAUUAAUAAAGGGGACGAUACAAUGAAUAACGAUUCAUAUCUAAGAUAAACUUUUCUUGAGUAGCAAAACAUAUUUAAUUAUUUUUCUUUUCAGUACAUAUUAAUGCAUUGAAAAGUUGCCUAGCUCUUUCAUCAAAAUGAAGAUUUUAUUUGAAAUUUCUGUGUUACUGUUAAGUUUUAUUUUGGUUGAAAAAGUUUCAGCCAUAGACUUCAGGAUAGUAGGAGGGAGCAAAGCGCCUGAAGAAUACGGCAAGUUUCACGCUUCCAUACAGAAUCUAACUCGUCAUCAUGUUUGUGGUGGUGCUGUGGUAUCUAAGUUCUAUGUGGUGACUGCUGCCCAUUGUGUGCAUAGAGCGAAAGCCCCUCACAUGAAGAUCAUUGCAGGCACCAAUGAUUUAGAAGCAGGGGGAAAAGAAUACAAAGUCGAAUCUAUAAUAGUUUACGACGACUACAACUCGACAAGCAAAGAGCAUGACAUAGCUCUUCUGCAAACGAAAAGACCAUUUGAUCUACGUUAUAUACAAAUCUUGAAACUAUCGACAUAUCGUCUGUUUGAAGGAGACAGAGUUAUUUUAGUUGGAUUUGGGGCAAAGGAGCCCAAUGGACAAUCAACCAGUAAAAUGUAUGCGUUGGAACUGCCGGUAUUCAGUCAGCCAAUAUGUGAAUUUGCUAUGAGAUAUUCUACUCCUGUUACUAAGGAUAUGUUCUGCACAUUCACACAAAUUGGCCAGGGGACUUGCCACGGUGACUCAGGCAGCCCAAUAAUAAAAGGCAAUGAGUUGGUCGGCGUGGUGUCCUGGGGCAUUCCUUGUGCAGUCGGCUUUCCUGAUGUUCACACCAGAAUUUCUUCUUACGUCGGAUGGAUACAGAAACACAUAGAACGAAGUUACUGUAUUCCACCUAGAAGAAAUGGUUUGAAAUAAUAUUCUUAUUGUGAAACUAUUGAUUAAUAAUAUAUUAUAUUAUGUUCUAUAACGCAUUUCAUGGUUCAUAACGUUUGUGAGUCUAUGUAAAUGUCUCUAAUAUACAGACCCCUAUUAUAUCAAGCUAUAACAAUGUGUCAACUUUUUACUGGAUUUUCAACUUUAUCUUCAAAGCAUAAGGUUAAUUUUUGAUUAGAAAAAAAUUACCGAUUAGAGUAACUUGAUAUGCUGGCGUAUACUGGAAAAUAUCCUUAAAGCUUAUGACCAAAGUUACUUUUUCAAGUUUUAAUAAAUAAAAUCUCGCAGUUAAAAUACAAUUAUUUUAUUCAAAGAAUUGGU